CACUGUCAACUUCAUAUAUCUGAAUUUUUGCUGUGUUUCUUGCAUAGUUGAACGAAAUUUUCUUUGUUUGCCGAAAUCGAAGCAAUGGCCGGACGUGAAGCCGUAAGGAAAGCUGUGCAGCAAGUGCGUCCCAUCUUGUCAGUGGAUCGCGAAGAAGCGCGUAAACGUGCGUUGAAUCUUUAUAAAGCUUGGUAUCGGCAAAUCCCGUAUAUUGUAAUGGACUACGACAUCCCCAAAACGGUGGAGCAGUGCCGCACUAAAUUACGUGAAGAAUUUGAAAAGCAUCGUAAUGUGACGGAUGUGCGUGUAAUUGACAUGCUGGUCAUAAAGGGUCAAAUGGAGCUGAAGGAGACAGUCGAAAUAUGGAAGCAGAAGGGUCACAUAAUGCGUUAUUGGAAGGAGAGCCAAGAUCCUAAGCCAACAGACUUCUUAUCCAAAUUCUUGCAAGGUGUUAAUUAGAAAAAUUGUAAAAAUAAAUGUAUAGAAUAAAUCUCGAGUACAUUGUGCUAUCAAAUUCUAA